AUGAUGGGACAACAGCAACAAGUUGGGGCGCCGGAGAGGGGUUCAUACGUAUCCUCCAACAAACUCUUCCACGGAGAUGCGUACAGAGACUUGUUGUGCUCCACUGAUGGUUUUGAUCGAGCAGAAACCCAGAGUGGAGGAGCUCUACGAACAGGAGGGGUUCCAGCACUUUUCUCAACGAAAUCGGUUGGUCUUCUAGUACAGUAUGCUGCAGUUGGGCUCAUGAUGGGAGCGCUUCCAGCAGCAGUUACACCAUUCUUGAGCUACUAUCUGAACAUGGAAGGCCAAUUGACUACAUCAGCUCGAGCCUUGCUUGGUAUUCCGUGGUCGAUGAAGGUGUUCAUCGGGAUCAUAUCGGAUUGUUUUUCCAUAUUUGGCUAUCGCCGUCGGCCUUACAUGGUCAUUGGAUGGGUACUUUGCUCGCUCUGCCUCAUUACGAUGGCUACACUCCCAUUGGAGAAGCCCUACUUUCCAGAAGCUUCGUGGCGCGCACUGAAGCCCAUAGAGUACACAAAGGAGGAAUCAUCUGCCAUUAACUACCACGCUCCAGCCUCAGGAGGAAUCUAUGUUGUUCUCAUGAUGGUAGCGACACUGGGCUAUGUAGUUGCUGAUGUGGCAGCAGACGGUGUCGUCGUCGAAUACGCUCAGCGCGAGCCGAUCUCUAUCCGAGGCCAAACUCAAACCGCAAUAUAUGCAGUGAGAACCAUAUUCAGCAUCUUUGGAAGCCUUCUUGUAGGCUUUGGACUCAGUUCACCGCCCUAUGGAGGAGAUUUUGCGUUUGGUAUCAGCUUUCCAAUGUGCUCGCUUGUGCUGGCCGUGUGCUGCGUACCAGUGCUCCCCUUGACUUGGUACUAUGUCUCUGAAGAACGGGUGGAGAGUCCGGAGCUGUGCAAAUACAUGAGCGAUUUAUGGAUUACAAUGCAGAGCCGAGCGGUUUACCAAGUGAUCGCCUACAACUUCUUUUCCGGGGUGCUUGGUGGUAUCAGCUACGUAGCUUCCGAUCCAGUUACGAUGUAUUGGGCCCGUGCAACGAGUUUUAACAUCUCGGUAUCGCAGGUUAUUGCUUCUGGUGUAACCGCAUGUACACUGACCUUCAUGGGUCGCUAUGGACUGGGCUGGGACUGGCGCUUUGUUAUUAUCGUCACCACACUGUCAGUGGUCGCACUUGAUUCCGUGUGCACAUUACUUACAACAUGGGACGUCGUGCGCAAUCAGUGGUUCUGGCUAGGCUUGCCUAUUGUGGAAACUAUACUGUCCAGCGUGAACUUUAUCGUGUCAAGCUUUGUUGUUGUGGAACUGGUCGACAAGGGUAAUGAAGCCGCCAUCUACGGACUCUUGACGACGGUCGGCAAUCUGAGCAAUCCAUUUUCGGCCACGCUCACCAAGGCGAUCGAUGAUAAGUUUGCCGUCAAUAAUCGUGACAUCCUAAAUGAUUCGAAAGCCACUCGCAGAGACGUCACGAUUGUUGUGCUCAUUGCAUAUGCUUGCAAGUUGCUCUCGCUGCUGUUUCUUGGUCUCCUACCGAGACAAAAGGCCCAGACUCAAGAACUAAAGAACAGUGGCCAACGUAGCAAGUUGCUUGCUGGAAUGACCAUCGCUUACUGUACGUUCGCAUUGACCUGGUCGCUUGUAAUUAACCUGUUGGGCAUAUUCGAUAGCACGAGGUGUCUAAAAAUCGUAGGGGGCUGUUAA